AGGGGCUGAAGCGCCGCGCGCGCUCCCCACCCGCCCCUGCGCGCGCACGGGUGCGCGCGUCCGUGUCGCUCCGUGACCCAUUUCACCGAACAAAGGAUUUCGGUGGAAUCUCAGCCCUGGACCUAAAAUGGCGCCGAGGCGCUCGCCCGCCCCCGCCCCAACCCCCUCCCCUCCCCUCCAGCCGGCACCAUCGAGAUGGGGCGGGCCGGGGCGGAUAGAGCGGCCACUCCUCCUUGCCUUCUCUGCGCUGCAGUAGUCCCGCCUCGCUGGUGUAGCGGCGGGGCCGCUGUCGCGUCAUGGCGGACGAGGGCGACAAUGAGUCGAGGAAGUCCUUUAAGCUCCUAGGAUUUCUUGAUGUUAAAAGUGUCCCAUGUGCACGAGAAUCAGUGCUCUAUGGCUCCGUGGGAUCUUUAGUUGUGGGCCUUGGACAUUUUUUAGCAACUAGUAGAGUUAGAAGAUCUUGUGACUUUGCAGUUGGGGGCUUUAUUUGCACAAUGUUAGGAUACUGGUUUUACUGCAGGUACAAUUUAGCCCAACAGAGGAUCCGACAAAGAAUGAUUAGAGAAGGAAUGAAAAACAAACUUUUAUUUGAAGGCAGUUCUCUUGACCCAGAAAGAAAACAAACUGGCAAUGAAUGAAGCAAUUUAUAGCCCACUGCAGAGGAAUCUGGUCUAAUUUAGCUGUGGGAGAAGGUGGUCCAAAAGUGGCAGUCUUCCCUGUAAAUGUGUGAGGUGCCUAAAACUGAUAAAUCAUGCUGGUUUUCAUAGCACAUCUGAGCAAGAAAUUCAUAGUGAAUCUGUUUAAUUAAGUCACUAUACAAGCCUGUGUUUGUUUCAUCUAUGUAUGUAUGUGACUGUGUACACAGUUAGGAAUGCCCUGUUAAACAUCUGGGAACUGAAACUCAGUGGAUUAAUGACAAAUUGGGACUGCUUUAACUUCCAUUAUAAACAGAAUGGUUUGUUUCAGCAAAGUUUUAAUUACAUCUCAUUUAAAUACAGGAAAAUAUUUUCAUCUGCUGUGCUCUCAGUAAAUGUAUCCUUUAUUACUACUGUUAAUUGUGUUUGUAAAACAGGUAUAUGUAAACAGUGGGUGAAGGCUUUGCUUGUGCAAGGUGAAUGGUGUCAAUUGCCUUUGUAAGAUUCCAGUCACAGAAUAAUUUCAGGUAAUUUUUGUUGUGUCUGUGCGAAACAACAAUAAAAUCACACUUCAGAUGCAGUCUAAGCUAUGUAAGCAACUAA